GUGGUAAACAAAAUCCGAGAUGCGUGUGCAUGCGUAGACGUGGUAAUGGAGGAUAGUGAUCUAUUCACUGGGGGGUUAGUUAGCAAGCUGUCUUCUCUCUCCUGUGCUAAUAACUGAUCUUUCUAUUGAUUACGAUCGAUUUGCAACUCAAAGGAAUAAGGUCCUAAUCAACUGAGAGGAGGCGGAGCUGCCAUUGAGUUUUGGGAUGGCGUCAAAUGUGAUUUCCCAAAGCAAUGGUUCCAAGGGGAUCAUGACCUUUUACCCCACUCCUGAGGAAUUCAAGAACUUCAGCCGCUACAUUGCAUAUGUGGAGUCCCAAGGAGCACACAAAGCAGGCCUGGCUAAAAUUGUCCCACCAAAGGAAUGGAAGCCCAGAAAAUCUUAUGACGAUAUAGACGAUUUGGUGAUCCCUGCACCCAUUCAGCAGGUGGUGACAGGCCAGUCGGGCCUUUUCACACAAUACAACAUUCAGAAGAAGUCCAUGACUGUGAGAGAGUUUCGCAAGAUUGCCAACAGUGACAAGUUCUGUAGUCCACAUUAUGAUGACUUUGAGGAGCUGGAAAGGAAGUACUGGAAGAACGUGACAUUUAACCCUCCCAUAUACGGGGCCGAUGUCAAUGGAUCUCUUUAUGGCCCUGACGUCAAAGAAUGGAACAUUUGCCAUCUUAACACUAUUUUGGAUACUGUGGAAUGUGAAAGCGGCAUCACUAUUGAGGGUGUUAAUACACCCUACUUGUAUUUUGGCAUGUGGAAGACCACCUUUGCAUGGCACACUGAGGACAUGGACCUCUAUAGUAUCAACUACUUGCACUAUGGAAAGCCCAAAUCAUGGUACUGUGUUCCUCCAGAGCAUGGGAAACGAUUGGAGCGUUUGGCUAAAGGGUUCUUUCCUGGUAGCUCCCAAAAUUGUGAGGCUUUUUUAAGGCACAAGAUGACUCUCAUCUCUCCCUCUAUACUAAAGAAGUAUGGCAUUCCAUUUGAAAAGAUUACUCAGGAGGCUGGUGAGUUCAUGGUAACUUUCCCCUAUGCCUAUCAUGCUGGUUUCAAUCACGGUUUCAACUGUGCAGAAUCCACCAACUUUGCCACAGAGAGAUGGAUUGAGUACGGCAAGCAAGCUGUUUUGUGCUCAUGCAGAAGAGACAUGGUGAAGAUUUCUAUGGACGUAUUUGUGAAGAAAUUCCAGCCAGAUCGCUAUGAACAGUGGCUGGCAGGGCGAGAUGUGUUACCCAUUGACCACACACGGCCCACCCCAGAGGCGAAGGAGUUCCUGGGCGAGUCCUUUAAUGACAUCACCGGUAACUCCAUGGAGAGCUGUGGCGAUGAUGGGGAGCGAAAGAGCACGACACAGAGGAUAGAGACAAAGAGACACAGAGUCUGUCUGGAAGUGCCUGAGGAAGUGGUUCCCAAGAAUGAAGAUGAGGAAGAUGUGGAGCAGUAUGGGAAGCGUCCCAGGCUCAGCCUUAUACCUCCACGUACUACGUCACAAGAUGGCAAGAGAAAUAAAGGCCCACCAAAGUUGGUUGUCACACCAACCAAGCUCACUUUAUUGGAUCCAUUUCACAGGAGCCUAACCCAAAGUAACAGUGAUGUAGGCCGCCCCCCACAUUAUACCAAGACUCGCGCACCUGCGAUCUCAUCUCAGUCCCAGCCCAGAAAUGGAUAUUUAUCAGUUUCAGCAGCACCUUCAUGGACAGAAGCCACCACUCAACCUGCCCGCAAAAUGGGGGUAGCCAGCCUGCUCUUCCACAGAACUAUGAGUCCAAAAGAAACUCUUCAGGUGCACAGCUACACUAUAGAAAAGCAGCAGCUGCAGCCUCACACACAACUGCUGGUGCACAGCUAUGCUAGAGAGCAUCAACCACGGCAUCUCCAGCACAAAACCUGCACAUUAACCCACACACAGGUUCAGUCCUCGCCACAGCCAGAAUCUAAGAUUAUUGUUACCAACGCAUCACUGAAUCAAUCAGAAGCAGAGGGUCUUGUCGAUGAGGGCCAAAAGGAGGACACACCUGAAAUAUCGAUGCCUGCUGAGGUUCAAGCUGAGGUUCAAGCUGAGGUUCAAGCUGAGGUUCAGAAGCCUGACGUGAAGAAGCCUGACGUGAAGAAGCCUGACGUGAAGAAGCCUGACGUGAAGAUGCCUGACUUGAAGAUGCCUGACUUGAAGAAGCCUGACGUGAAGAAGCCUGACUUGAAGAUGCCUGACGUGAAGAUGCCUGACGUGAAGAAGCCUGACUUGAAGAUGCCUGACGUGAAGAUGCCUAAAGUUGAGCUCACCUGCAAUUCUACACAGAACACCAAUCCACAAAUCCAUCUCCCAGUGAUGAGCAAAACAGUGAUUGAGGCCUCCAAGCACAACAAGCGAAAGAGUAACCAAUCCCCCCUUGUGGAUAGUGGCAUUAUCGCCCCGAAUGACACCAUUCCUGUCCAGAAACCAAUCUGUGACGAGGUGAAGGUGAUCUCUCAGAAUCAACACCAGGUGUCAGAAGAGCAGUCAUACUGCAAGUCUGUCAUAAAGAAGCAACAGCUGCAGGCCCAGCUCUGCAAGCUGCCCCGUCAUCACCCUCUCAUCAGGGAGGUGCACAGUGACAAUGAAGAGUACAUAGACGAGGAGUUUGAGCAAGAGGAGAAAGAGGAGUGGGCAAAGCCGUUAACUCAGUUGUGGCAGUGUCGCCCAUAUAACCCUCAGGCAGAGAGAGAGUACAACAAGAGCAUGGGCCAGCAGGCGCCCUACUGCUCCAUCUGCCUGGUCUUCUACAGUUACCAUGAGUCAGACUCUAAUAGUGGGAGUUCCAGCGUGACGUUGGUGAACCGUCCAGGAGGCCACCAGUGGUCCAAGCCGCUCAUCCCGGAAAUGUGUUUCAACACCCAAUCUAGCAAGACAAAUGAUAACGGGGAGGGACAGCUGUCUAACCCCCAUGUAGCAGAGGACGGGACCAGCCGGCUGGUCAGCUGUGCUCAGUGUUGUGUCCGCGUACAUACAAGUUGCUAUGGCGUGAAUGGGGACGAAGCAGAACUAGACGACUGGUUGUGCGCCCGUUGUGAGGCGAAUGCCACCACGGAGGACUGCUGUCUGUGCUCCUUGAGAGGCGGCGCUCUGCAGAGAGCCAACGAUGACAAGUGGGUUCAUGUGCUGUGUGCCAUCACUGUGCUGGAAGCUCGCUUUGUCAACAUCACUGAGCGAGGCCCCAUUGACCUCUCUACAAUCCCACUGCCUCGGUUCAAGCUGAAGUGUGCAUACUGCAGGAAACGGAUGAAGAGGGAGGUGAAUGGCUGCUGUGUCCAGUGCUCCCACGGGCGCUGCUCAACGGCGUUCCACCCCACCUGCGCUCAGGCAGCUGGAAUGAUCAUGCACCCAGAUGACUGGCCGUUUAUAGUCUUCAUCACCUGCCACAGGCACAAAGCGCCGAGCAUACCAGAGCGCAACAAGGCGUCCAUGCGUGAGCUGUCGGUUAAGCAGAGGGUGAUCUGUAAAUACAGAAACGCCCGAUACUACCACAGUGAGGUGGUGGAACUGACCGCAGCCACCUUCUACGAGGUUGUGUUCGACGACGGCUCCUACAGCAACAACCUCUUCCCAGAGGACAUCGAGAACCGUGACUGUGGCCGGCUCGGUCCACCAGCUGAAGGUGAUGCUGUUCAGGUGCGAUGGACAGAUGGGUUGAUAUACGGAGCCAAGUUUAUGGCGUCGCACUCCAUCCCCAUGUACCUGGUGGAGUUUGAGGAUGGAUCACAAAUCACUGUCAAGCGAGAAGACAUCUACACUCUAGACGAGAAUCUUCCCAAACGAGUCAAGUCACGAAUGUCGGUGGCGUCAGACAUGCGUUUUGAGCUCUUCUCACAGAGCGACGUCAAGGAGAAUUCCAAAAGGCAACGGGUCAUCAACUCUCGAUACAGACAGGACUACAUUGAGCCCGUCAUUUACCGAGCCAUCAUGGAGUGACAUCCAUUUUCCUUUCUCUCUCCGGCUUUCCACUGCUCCUCCUCGGCCUCAUCAACUCACCGCAAAGAGAUGCAGUACCAUAUCUUUGUUUCUUCCUCUGGCCUCUUUGUUUCUGGCUACUGCUGAUAGGAAUGGACACCCCCCCUCCUCUCCCUCCUCCUCCACUUUAUCUUCAUCUUCUUCCACUGCCUGUCAGGCUACAUAUUUAUAAACUACGGCUGGGACUUUUAAUUACUUUAGUUUGCAUUAAAUAAUAUUCUUUGACUUGUGUUUCCCAUCACACUCGUAGAUUGUUUUCUUGCUCCAUUUCAUUUAGUUUUUUCUUUUCUCAGGUAGAAACCAUUGUGGAUUAUCACUUAUGUAAAAGAUUUGACUAUCUAAUUUGGGAAAGAUAUUUAUUUCUCUACCACCACAUUUACCAACUGUAAAGGAAACUUUACACAUUAUACAAUGGACAGUUAAUCUAAUUUUGUGACAUUUCUUCUAUAAAUCACUGUUUGCUCUUGGCUUACUGACUUAAGUUAUUUUUAUAAAACAAUUUAUCAUAUGCUUGGGAAUAAGAUUUUAAAGGAAGUAUCAUUUUGGCAAAAAUAAUUUCACUCAUGAAAUUGAACAAAUGUAAACUAUGAGCAAAAUCAGCUGUUUACUACAAAAUAAAGUUUAUUGAUGUAGAACUGUUAACUUGUUACCCCAAAGAAAUUAAAUAAUAUCUCAACGUGCAUCUACUGUGAAGACAGAAGACAACUCAACAUCUUUCAAAGGCCCAAGCCUUACAUUUCAAAGGGCCUAACAUACUUUGAUUUUUGUAAAGCUUAUGGUUUAUUAUAACUAUUGUAAUUAAUAAUGUUCACACUUUAUUUAUGCGAGUGCAUUGAGUUUAAGAAAAAAAGCUAUUUUUGUCAUGUCCUUUUCACAAUCUGUAGAAAACCUAAGAUGUAUUUAUAUUUAUUAUAUUGAUAGGUUUUCAGACAUCCUGUUUAAAUUUUGAGACUCGUUCCCUGUUCUGGGAUUGAAGAGUGAAUGCUAAUCGGUCUUAAGUCCCUCUCGAAACAAAAAGCACUUAUUUUUACCUCCUGCCUCAGGAGAUUUACCAUUUUGUCGACACAUGGCCUCCACUAUGUUUUUCAUAAAAGUUGCUCUAGAGGUGAACAUUGUAACCAGGUUCCAGUUUGACCACAAAUAAAUGAAAAGUUUUCUCUGA